AACCAGAAUCGCUUUGGGUCUGGUCGCCAAGAUGGCGUCCUCCGCCUCCGCUAGGACGCCGCCCGGGAAGCGAGUGGUAAAUCAAGAAGAAUUGCGGCGGUUAAUGAAGGAGAAGCAGCGUCUGAGCACCAAUCGGAAACGGAUAGAAUCUCCAUUCGCGAAGUACAACCGUUUGGGGCAGCUGAGUUGUGCCCUGUGUAACACCCCGGUUAAGAGCGAGCUCCUGUGGCAGACUCACGUCCUGGGAAAGCAGCACCGAGAGAAAGUGGCCGAGCUGAAAGGCGCGAAGGAAGCCAGCCAGGGUUCGUCCGCCAGCUCAGCGCCUCAGUCCGUCAAGAGGAAAGCGCCGGACGCAGAAGGCCAAGACGCCAAGAAAGCUAAGGCCACCUUGGUGCCUCAGGUACAGCCCUCCACAUCUGCGUUGCCCACCAACUUGGACAAAAUAGGAAAGGAGUUCAUUAGAACAACUUCCAGUAAGCCUUCAGGACUCAGUUUACUCCCCGAUUAUGAAGAUGAGGAGGAAGAGGAAGAGGAGGAGGAAGGAGAUGGAGAAAGAAAAAGGGGGGACGCCAGCAAGCCGCUGUCCGAUGCACAGGGCAAGGAGCACUCCGUUUCUUCUUCGCGGGAGGUAACAAGUAGUGUGCUGCCAGACGAUUUCUUUAGUACUAAUCCUCCCAAGGCCCCCAUAAUUCCUCAUUCAGGGUCAAUUGAGAAAGCAGAAAUACAUGAAAAAGUGGUGGAAAGGAGAGAAAACACCGCGGAAGCGUUACCGGAAGGUUUUUUUGACGACCCUGAGGUAGAUGCAAGGGUGCGAAAGGUUGAUGCCCCAAAAGAUCAGAUGGACAAAGAGUGGGACGAAUUCCAAAAAGCCAUGAGGCAGGUCAACACUAUUUCCGAAGCCAUAGUUGCCGAAGAGGAUGAGGAGGGACGGUUGGACCGACAGAUUGGGGAGAUCGAUGAGCAGAUAGAGUGUUACCGACGGGUGGAAAAGCUACGGAAUCGCCAGGAUGAAAUAAAAAAUAAACUUAAAGAAAUCCUGACCAUAAAAGAACUGCAGAAAAAGGAAGAAGAGAAUGCUGACAGCGAUGAUGAGGGGGAACUACAGGAUUUGUUGUCUCAGGAUUGGAGAGUGAAAGGGGCAUUGUUAUAAGGUUUUAAAGACCCAAGGUUUCUAACAGCCUCUGCUAUUGUAUAAAAAGUGCUGUCUCUGAGUAGUAUAUCGGUUACUUCAUGCCUAGAGAUUUUCUAGAGAUUUGGGUACCUGGAUUGCUAAACUGGAUUGUUAAGAUAAAAUGAGCCAGUGAGCUACAGCACUUUGGAAAAUUUGUGUAAAAUGUUUUUGAGGUAAAGUUGUUUUUGAAAUUUCUGAAGUGUUAUAUACCAAAAUGCCAACUUUUCCACAACAGACUUAACUGUAUAAUUUCGUUGUAAAAUCUGUAAGUUGUAAAUAUUGUACACAGUUAAAUCUAUAUUAAGUAAUUCUGUUUUGAAAUUUUUUAAUUAAUAGAAAGACCAACCGGCAAACUUUUAGAUGAAUGCUCACUGUGGUAUUUGUAAUGUAUUUAUCUUCUGAACCCUACAUCAAGUUGAAAAGGUUCGUUUUCUUGUUUCUUUGGUUUUUUAGAACACUUCAUGAACACAUAAGUCAUUGUAGGUUAA